CAGGAAACCAACGUUUGCCGUACUCACAUGUCCCUGAGCUACGUUGGUUGGUUGGAAUAAAGCUUUUUGCGCACAUACGUAUAGCAAACGUUGUAGGCCGAAGCACCUGCAGUCAAUUCUAACCGAUAUCCACACCGCUGCCAUACCCUUGAGCCUUGACUCCUUCCCUUCUUGCGUCCACUUAAGAGGAAUUUGUAGGCGAACCGACUGGCUAUAGCACUACACUUAUUGAGUAAGCGCACUAAACAUAUCGGUGCAGAUAUGCAGCUUUUCGUUCGGUGUGGCCUCCCUGUGGGAACCUUGGCUGUGGACUGGUCACCAUCGGAUACUGUGGGAGAUCUUAAGGGCCGGCUAUGCGCACGGAGCGUGCAGCUGGGUCCAUGCCGCUACAUGCGUUUGCAGCACGGCGGCGUGUCUCUUCCCGAUGAGCGGCUGCUUGGCGACAUCUGCGGCCUGGAGCCAUGCGCAACGUUGCAGCUCAGCUACCGCCUGCGCGGCGGCGGUGGCGAUGGCGGUUCUACGGGCGCAGAAUCCCGCUCAUGUUACCUGGAGAUGUACCUCGGCAAAAAGGCCGAUAAGGUCAACCCUGAGGAGGAGCGACUGGCCAAAUGGACCCGCUGCCAUCUGUCUGGCGAGCCUCUAACCCCGCCGUGCGUGGUAGACGACCUAGGAAACCUAUACAACAAAGACGCCCUAAUUCAGCGGCUGCUGGAUAAGAGUCUGCCUCCGGCGCUUUCCCAUGUCACGGGGUUGCGCGCGGUCACCGAGCUGAAGCUGCAUCGUUCCAACUCUGCGCCUGCCGCCAACAACGGGAAGGCCGCUUCGCAGUCGGCCUUCCAGCUCACCAACGAUUCGGAGUUCAGCUGCCCGGUAACUGGCGUGGCGUUCAACGGCCGCUACAAGUUUGUCGUGCUGAGGCCCAGCGGCCAUGUGGUCAGCGAGAAAGCGCUGAAGGAGGUGCCGGCCGUUGUGGAGGAGCUGGUAGGCGGCAAGCUGAAGGAGCUGGAAACCAUUCCUGUCAACCCAAAUGGCGAGCAGCUGGAGCAGCUGCGUGCGCGUGUCGCCGCGCGGCUGGCAGAGAAGGCCGCCGCGAAGAAGGACAAGAAGCGCUCCGCUGCCGCCGCCGCCGCGCUGGCCGCCCCCGCCAACGGCACCGCAAUCGCGUCCCGCCGCAGCGCCUCCCCACCUCCUGCCAAUGGCGGCGCCGCAGGAGCAACCGGGGCCGGGGCCGCAGCAGCCAAGCGGCUCAAGGUGCCGGAGGGCGCAUCCAAGGAGGUGUACGCAUCCAUCUUCAGCAGCAGCCGGCCGGGCGGGGCGGCGGCGGAGAAGGAGACGUUCUGCUGCCGGGCGCUGAGCGCUCGCGGCAUGAACCUCACGUGAGCGGGCGCGUGUGUGGGUGGACGUGUCCAGAGCUGGCAGCUGGAGGGGCCUGGGAGGCAGGAGGGGCAGCGGGCUGGUGCUGGGAGUGUGGUGCGGACUGCUUAGGUGGACUGCGCUGGAGCAGCUGUGAGGCGGUUUGCGUUAUGGAGGGUCUGAGCAGCUGGAGGGUGUAGGCAAGGGCGGGCGACGGAGGGGCUGCGGGCGGCAGGGUUGCUGGCCGAAGAGCUGUUGUGUUGCAGUAGUGGGCCUCUCCAGUUGGCAUUGCACCGGGGCUUGGGUAGGUGCCCGUCCCAAGCAUGCCUCGAGACCUAAUUUAGGAGGAAGGGCGCGAGCCUGUUGAACCUAAACAACCCUAAACAAGGACUGGUGGAUAGGGACGACUAGGGCUAACUCGUUCAGCGGGGGCAUACUCGCUGUGACUCGGGCUCUAUUUGGUAUUAGGAUGCACAUGCAGCAGUACUGCGGGCUGUGUCACCACCUGGCUGGGCGCUGUGUCACCACCUGGCUGCAUGCGGUGUACGGGGUCCUAGCGGUGUACGGCGCAGGAGUGCGUCGUGGGUCACCUCAUGCUGCGUGCUGUGGGUGUUCCCUCUCGAGCUGUGUAUAGGCAGGUGUCCCCCCCCACCCUUGCGGGGCAAGCAUCCAUGACUGCUGGGCUGUGGCUGGUUGGGUGCUGGGGCUGCUUGGACACGUCAGUCUGUUGUGCCUAACGGUUCUGACGAUGCAUGCCAGGGACCUUUCACUGCAACAUGGGUGCCCGGGGGUCGGAGUAGUGAGGAGCGUGAGCGGAUACUUCCCUGCCGUGGUGCAGUGGAGGAAGCACCGUACGAUGCGAGAUCCCGCUGCGUGCGCAGGGAUACCUUGUUUACCGUACCCCUGCCGCCGGCCCAUUUGUGUAACUGUCAUCUUGCG